AUGGAAGAAGAACAAGAACACAUCUACACCAAAGAUGGAACGACAGAUUUCCGUAACAAGCCUGCCAUCAAGAAAGAAACAGGAACCUGGAAAGCGUGCCCUUACAUUCUUGGAAACGAAUGUUGUGAAAGAUUAGCAUACUAUGGAAUCAACACAAAUCUUGUCAAUUAUCUCAAAUUUCAACUAGACCAAAGCAGUGUUGUUGCCAUCAACAAUGUUACGAAUUGGUCUGGGACGUGCUAUGUCACACCCUUGCUUGGAGCCUUUCUAGCCGAUGCCUAUUUGGGAAGAUAUUGGACAAUCGCUUGCUUCUCUGUUAUUUAUGUCUUUGGGAUGACAUUGUUGACGGUAUCAGCUUCUGUUUACGGGCUAAAGCCACCCUGUGAUGAAAACGUUUGCCAUCCCACAGGACUGCAAACCGCAGUGUUCUUCAUAGGACUCUACCUGAUAGCUCUCGGGACUGGUGGGAUUAAGCCAUGUGUCUCAUCCUUUGGCGCCGACCAGUUUGAUGAUUCCGAUGAAGCCGAGAAGAAAAAGAAGAGCUCUUUCUUCAACUGGUUUUAUUUCUCCAUUAACAUCGGGGCUCUCAUUGCCGCCUCUGUGCUUGUCUGGAUACAAACAAAUGUUGGCUGGGGCUGGGGCUUCGGCAUCCCAGCCGUGGCAAUGGCGAUGGCUGUUGUAACUUUCUUCUCCGGCACGCGGUUGUAUAGGAGCCAGAGGCCUGGUGGGAGUCCACUCACACGCAUAUGUCAAGUCCUCGUUGCUUCCUUCAGGAAAUUUCGAGCACAAGUGCCACGCGACAAGUCUCUUCUCUAUGAGACUGUGGAACAGGAAUCUGCCGUCAAAGGAAGCCGCAAGCUUGAUCAUACAGAACAAUUAUGUUUCUUUGACAAGGCCGCUGUGGAGACUCAAUCGGAUCGAAUCAAAGGCUCGGUGAAUGCUUGGAGACUGUGCCCAGUGACGCAGGUCGAAGAGCUCAAAUCCAUUAUCCGGUUGCUCCCCGUAUGGGCCACGGGCAUAAUCUUUUCCGCCGUGUACAGCCAAAUGGGCACCUUGUUUGUUCUCCAAGGCAACACAAUGGACCUUCAUAUGACCCCCUCAUUUGAAAUCCCCUCUGCUUCGCUCUCCCUCUUCGACACCAUCAGCGUCAUCUUCUGGGUGCCGGUUUACGACCGCGUAAUUGUUCCGUUCGCCAGAAAGUUCACCGGCCACAAGAACGGAUUCACCCAGCUCCAACGCAUAGCAAUCGGCCUCGCUAUUUCAAUCUUUGCUAUGCUAGCCGCCGGAACUUUAGAGCUUGUAAGACUCCGGGAGGUGAGGAAGCACCACUACUACGACCUCAAGCACAUGCCCAUGUCGAUAUUUUGGCAAGUCCCUCAGUAUUUCAUCAUCGGAUGCGCGGAAGUUUUCACGUUCAUAGGGCAGCUGGAGUUCUUUUACGAGCAGGCGCCUGAUGCCAUGAGGAGCUUGUGCUCGGCUCUGUCGCUCACGACAGCCGCACUGGGCAACUAUUUGAGCACGCUGCUCGUUAAUAUUGUCACGGAGUUCAGCACAAGGCAUGGCAGGCCUGGAUGGAUACCGGACAACUUGAAUUAUGGUAAUCUUGACUCUUUUUUCUGGCUUCUGGCUGCGUUGAGUGUGCUGAACUUGGGGCUCUAUCUUUUUGUGGCCAACUGGUACACUUAUAAGAGGCCAGUGGUAUCGGCCCACUGAUUAAUUAUUUAAUUUGCUAAUUAGUGAAUGGUUCUAAUUUAUAUUU